GCACCAUUUUGCUAGUUUAUUUCAAUUCCCGUACAAUAAAUAUAUAAUUAUUUGCCAUGGGUCAUGUACAUGUUGUCAGAAUUCUCCACACAACCUUUGGAAUUUUUGGAAAUGUUAAUGGCAUAUUACUCUUCUUGGCGCCCAUGAUUACAUUCAAAAGGAUUAUUAUGAAGAGAUCAACAGAGAAGUUCUCUGGGCUGCCAUAUCUAAUGAGUUUCUUCAACUGCUUGUUUUCAUCUUGGUAUGGUCUACCUUUUGUGUCACCAAACAACACAUUAUUAACAGUGUUGGCUUCCAUAGGUGGUGCCUUGGAGGCAAUUUAUGUGUUGAUUUUCCUCAUAUUUGCACCCAAAAAAGAGAAGUUUAAGAUAUCUGGAAUUCUCUUUUUGGUCCUUUCAAUCUUCUCAAUUGUGGCUUUAGUCUCUGUGUUAAAACUUAAUGGAGAUAAAAGGAAGCUUCUUUGUGGCUUAGCUUUUGCCAUUACUUGUAUUAUGAUGUUUGGUGCUCCUCUAACAGUAAUGAGGCAGGUGAUAAAAUCUAAAAGCGUGGAGUACAUGCCCUUCUUCUUGUCACUAUCUAUUUUCAACUCUAGUACCUCAUGGGCAAUUUAUGGCUUGCUUGGGAAAGACCCUUUCAUUAUUGUACCAAAUUCAAUCGGAUCUCUAUUAGCAUGUGUGCAACUGAUUUUGUAUGCAAUUUAUCGCGAUAGCAAAAAGAAAUUAGACGUUGAAACAGCGCUUGAGAAACCCCCAAUUGAGAUACAGAAAAAUAUGGAAACUUAUACACUAUAGUGUAUAAAAAAGGGUGAAGGAUAUUCGAAAUUGAUUUGAUCUGGAUCAAAAGGAAUGAAGGAAGAAGUCGAAAUAUAUUAUUUCGCGAUUUAAAUAUAUUUCCUACUUUGCCACCAUUAAAAAAAAUGUGUAUGCAGUUAUUUUCAGUGUUUAGAUUCAUUGAUGCAGUUAUUUUGCUAGGUGUUUGUUGUAAUUGCAAUUAAGAUGAUGAAAUAUUUGAGUCAAUUAAUGAUGUAUAAAUAAUAGGAAUAUCCCUUAAUCAGUC